GCGUGGGUUUAGAUGUCUUCACGUUCUUUUAUACAAAAUAUAUAAUAUGAAUUAAUUAAAAAAAAAAUUUAUAUGUUAACAAUACGUUUCCAAAUAAUAAUAAAAUUUAUAGAAUACUCUUUACUAAAUAAAUCAGAACUAUCCAAAAUUUGUUAACAGUCGUAAUUGUAGAGUUUUCUUGUUUCGUUCUAGGAAUAGAUCUUUUAUCUGCUAGGUUUUGGUUCUGGAAAAUGAUCAGUCUUUUAUGUUGGCUUUUGGUUUUAGUAUUUUGAGAACUCGCCAGUUUUAUUCUCAUUCAUGAGUAAGACCAUCUCCAGUGGCUUAUUCUAUUUUUUAUUAUAAAAUAGAAUAAUUUUAUAAUAAAGUUUGAAUUUAUUCUAAUGGUACUCUAUUUUAGAAUAGAAAAUAGAAUGAUGAACAAAAAAAAACAAAUUAUUUUAUAUUUGGAGUAAACUUAUUUUUCACUCUAUUAUAGAAUGAAAAAUAGAAUAUCAUUGGAACAUUUUUUACUCUAAACUCUAUUUUAGAGUGAAAAAUAGAGUGGAGUUGGAGAUGCUCUAAUAUAUUGGUUGAAAUCGGAUGGAUCUAUGAUCUAUCAAUAUAAUCUUCUAGAAAGAAAACAAUCUCGAGUCGAACCUCUAAAUUUAAACUACUAUAUAUAGAUAUUAAUCACGGAAAUUCCUUUCCAAUAAUAAUAUUACAUCAAUACAACUAUCAUCAUUUGAUUUAAUUAUAUGAUAAUGGUCCAAUUUUCUUAAGUAGAAAUCGAUCUGUGGUGAUGCAACGCGUCUCAUGUUAGUAAUAUAUAUUUUUGUUUCAUGUAUUAAAUAAUUAAUCCAUGCAGCGACGUCUGAUUUAUAUAGUGACACGAACUGUAACCUUCUAGUAAGUAUUAUAAACAAAUUAUGAUUGUUAUUCGUAUAUGAUGGCGCGGUAAGAACAUGAACUCAGUUUAAUUUAGGGAUUUCAGUAAAGACCCGCAACUUGAAAAAAAUGAAUUUAAUCGAAACUCGUUUAAAACUUUUCGAAGAAGACGAAUUAAACUAGAUAAAAACUAGUUUAUUAAUUUUUGAAAAUAUAAGUUACAAAGCAACUCUAUAUGUAGAGCUUUAAAAGUCUUAAUUUUAAUAGUAAAACUGAAAACAUCAAUAGUGAGAAAAUAAACCAAAAAGAAAUAUUAAACUCAAAUAUGGAAAAGAGUCGUUGGAGCUCCUAGAUGCUGCUGCAUCAGUAUAGAUCGUGAUCUUCAAAUAUCUAAACUAUUAAAACAGGAGUACAUUUAGUACUUAGCCCUGAGUUUUCCUCAAUAAUUACAGAGAUUGCCACUGAUCAAAACACAGUAGUUUAGCAUAUUUGCUAAUCCAUUAAUUUCCUAUGCCAAAAAAAUCGUUAUUAACCCAUUUUGUCCAGUAUAGAAACUAUUUAAUUAAGUUUGACCGACACAUACCUUAUAUUAUUUGAAACCAAUAUUCCUGUAAACCUAUGACCAGUCGUAAACUUUUGAUCAUGUAAUUUAUAAUUUAGAUUAGUUCAUGUUUCUUCAUAACUAAACAAUGAUAGACGACAAUCUUCAAAUCAACGAUUUCUUAAGCUUAAUAUAAUGAACUCAAAUUAACAUUGUCUAGAUUGGUUUUGACUUUUGAUUGUGCAUACCAACAUUGUAUAUAUUGAUCUAAUGAAGCUAUGGGUUGUCGAUUUUUUUUUGUUUACCGAAUUUAUAAUCUCUUUAAAAUUCUUUAUUUUGUUUUUUUUUUGGUGAAUACAAGGGAGGAAACCUCCCAAGUUUAAUUUAUUUCAAAACCUCCCAAGUUAAAAUUCUUUAUUAUGUUUGUUAGCAUAUUAAGGAUACCAUUUGAUUUUUUUAGUAUAGAAAAUCAAACUAAAUAUGCAAUUUCCUUCCAACACUAAAUAUCAUUCAAAUAAUGAUUCCUACUUCCACGCAAUGAAUAUUAAUUACAGAAAAUCAUAACUAAAUAUUCUCACCAUAUCAAAAAGGAUAUCUAUUAAUUAACACAAUUAUCAUUUCCUUUUAUUUAAACAUGACAAACACGUAUUUCUUAUCUAUAGAAAGUAUAUUCUGCUUUUAUUAUGGUAUAAUUUAAAAGGAAUGUAUAUAUUUGGUUUGAUUUGGCGUGAAAAUCAAAACUACCAAAAUAUUUUGAGUUGAUCCUAUUAAACCUACCCUUGCCUAUGCGGCUAUGACAUGUCUAAGCUAACGUUUACUCCUCUCACAAAACUAAGACCUUACAAAAAUAACCGGCGAGUUCAAGUGAAGUGUUUACAUUCAUGGCAGCAAAAAAAACACUUUUUGGAGGUGAUUCAUUCAAGAUGAUUUUAGCUGAUGCAUAUGUAACUUCUUAUUUAUAGCUUUUCUUCCAUUCAUUACAUUUCUUUGCUUUAUUUGGAUCUAAUAUGACCAUGUGUGUUUAUAGGAUAACAAAAUCCAUGCUACUUGAAAUCGAACUCUCAUGUACCGAGUUCAACAUGAUUUGUCUACAAGAGAAUGGGGAGUUAUUGAAAACGUUUCCCUAACUUCAGCCUGUGGUCAAUAUCGAACUACAAAACAUCAGUAGAAGAUGAUCAUACGUGUGUGCUCUGGUGGAAGAAUGAUGGCUGUUUCUUAUGCUUCAUAACACAUAAAAUAGUAGCUUUCAGUAUGGAUUUGAUUCUUCAAUCUCUUUUUUCUAUAGAUGACAACCGAAGCCGAGAUAAGAGAGAGAGGUAAGCCAACAGACAAAAAGUUAAUGAGAAAGUUUGGAUACACGUUUUUUUUUUUACUUUUCCUGGUAUAAACAGUUAGAAAAUGAGCUUUGUUUACAAUUAUUUUUUUGGGCUAUAAUGUUAAUCUAUUUAUCGGAUAAUGCAUGAUAAAAUCAAAUAGUAUGUCCCAAUGUUAAUAAAUCUGAAAUCAAUAGAUUAUAUGUAGAUUCAGGUGGUCGAUGUUAUUAAAUAUCAAAUUAAAUUUCAGAUUAAAAUAUGUAGAUAUACUUUACUUUCUGUACAAAUUUAUAUUUGAUUUUUCAAUUUAUGUGGUAUAAAAAUAACUGCAUAAAUAUGAUAUAAAAUAAAUAUAUAAAAUUUUAAAUUGAUAUAAUCUUUAAAAAAAAUUAUAUUCACAUUGUAUAUUAAUAUUACUAUCUAACUUAUGAAACACACAUCCAAUAAGAAAAAUAUAUAACACAAUACAAUAAAAUAUAUAUGAUCUGAAUAAAAAAUAUAUGGUAUGAAUAAUAAACACACCCUAGCGGACGCACAGAUUUUUGGUUUAAGUUAAAUACGAUUUUUAGCACAACUGGGAAUCGGUUUGAGGAACGAGUCACGGUCCAGUUUUCAAAAUACUGCAAAUAUGUAAUAUGAAAAAUGUAUUUUAUAUAUUAUUUAAUAUUUAUAAACUAUAAAUUUUACGAAAAAUAUACAUCCGCGCGGGCGCGCGGGUCAAAAGCUAGUUUUUGUUUAAUGUUGACGAAAAAAUGUAUUAAAUUCCAAUAGCUCCCGCAUAUUUCACUGACAUAGCGUUUUGUCUUGUAGUAUUGGGCUACCGAUAAGUGGGCGACUUCCACGAGACAGCCUUAGAAAUCAAUCAACAUUUUUUUUUGUUUUCUCUUAAUCACUGGCAAAGGUCAAGUAGGAAGGUUUUCUCUUGCAACUAACAUGGAUAUGCUUCACAUCAUUCUCAAUAUUCUUCUGCCUCCUCUUACCAUCAUUUUCCUUUUCCUCUUCUACCCAAUCUAUCUUUUUAUCAAACUUCUAAAUUGUGUUCGUAAGCAUCUUUGCGUUGAAAAUGUCGCUGGAAAAGUAGUUCUCAUCACUGGAGCUUCCUCCGGCAUCGGAGAGCAUGUUGCAUAUGAGUACGCGAAGAAAGGAGCAGAUCUAGCUUUGGUUGCUCGACGAGAGGAUCGUUUACAUAUAGUAGCAGAGACAUCACGGAAGUUAGGUUCACGGGACGUUAUCAUCAUACCUGGUGAUGUUACUAAGAUUAAUGAUUGCAUGAAGUUCAUCAGUGAGACGAUAAGUCAUUUUGGAAAAGUGGACCAUUUAAUUAAUAAUGCUGGUGUAUCUCAAACUGUUUUGUUUGAGAAUUUCUCCCAGAUUCAAGACGCUAAUCCUAUAAUGGAUACCAACUUCUGGGGCUCAACAAACAUCACUUAUUAUGCAAUUCCCCAUCUACGAAAAAGUAAAGGAAAAAUAGUUGUGAUUGCUUCUGCUGCAGCAAAGAUAGCUAUCCCAGUGGCAACCAUCUAUUCUGCAAGCAAAGCAGCAUUGUUAGGAUUUUAUGAGGCACUGAGAAUUGAACUCAAUCCGGAUAUAAAAGUAACCAUUGUUUUUCCUGGACUAAUCUCCACGGAUAUGACAACUCCUGAGAUUAUAAAAAGACACGGUUCAGAUUUUAUGGUAUCGGAGCCAGUUAGUAGAUGCGCGAAAGCAAUUUUCCAAGGUGUUUGUAGAGGAGAAGAAUACGUAGAAACACCAAGUUGGAUCAAGUGGUUCUUUUUGGUGAAGUCAGUGUGUCCUGAAGUAAUCAACUCCAUCUUCAACUAUUCUUUCCUCCAUUUUAUCAAACCUUAUUUCAAACGUGAAUGAUAAAAGGAACAAAUACAUAGUUCUUUUAGGGCAUAGAGGUUGAAACCGCAAUGCAAAAGCUUGGACUCAUCAUCAUUGGAGUUUGCAUAAUGGUUUGGAUUGGAACAUUCUUUUUCAUAAACUUUGGAGAUUUUACAUUUAUCUAAUUUAAGUAGUGGUACUUUUGUUUUAGUCGUGUCAAACAAACAAACAAGAGAUUCUUUGCAUUGAAUAGUAAAAAUCAUAGUUUGAGUUAGUUCUAGGCGUUCGAGUAUCCGUUGGCGUUCGGAUCAGAGUUUUCGGAUUUUCGGAUUUUCGGGUUUAUGCUCCUAGGUCCCAUACUAAAAUUUGAUUAGUAUGGGUCGGGUUCGGAGAAUAACACUUCGGGUUCGGUUCAAAAUUGUAUUGCAUCUUAAAAUCCAUAAAGUAAUCAUAUAUCGUACGGAUUCUGGUUAUAUCGGUUCGGUUAUAACCGAAGUAAAAGAACAAAAAAUUUGAAUCAAAACAUAAAGAGUGUGACUGGUAACCAUUUGAGGAACACUAUGAACAAAUAAAAAAAGAACGAAGAGGAAUAAAAUUAAAAGAAUGAGUGGGAAUGAUUAUUCCUCCUUAAAAAUAAUGAGAAAUAGUUUUGAUUUGUUAUUCUCUACAAAAAAAAAUGAUAAGAAAUAUAAAGGAAAAUUAAUUCCUUAUGAAUAUUGUAUUUUUAU